AUGGCAGAUGUGAAAGUGAUUUCUUCGAGCAUUGUUCAACCCACUAACAUCGAUCAAUCAGGUCGGGCAAAGAUCCAUCUCACUCCAUCUGAUCUUCACCUUCUUUAUCUCGAUUACCCUCAAAGGGGUCUUCUCUUCCCCAAACCUGACCCAGAAACACGUUUCAUCUCUCGGUUAAAGACUUCUCUUUCUACUGCACUAGAGAUCUACUAUCCGUUUGCCGGUCGUCUUGUUAAAGUGAACAAUCUAGAAGACAAUACGGUGUCGUUUUACAUCGAUUUUGACGACGCCCUAGGAGCCAGAUUCGUCCAUGCCGUAGCCGAAUCUGUCUCAGUAAGAGAUCUUCUUCAACCUGAUGGUUCUGUUCCCGACUUUUUCAGGUGUUUCUUCCCCUCGAACAGCGUCAAGAAUAUCGAUGGCGUCUCGAAGCCCUUGCUUGCUUUGCAAGUCACCGAGUUUAAAGACGGAGUCUUCAUUAGUUUUGGUUACAAUCACAUGGUGGCCGAUGGUGUUUCCGUAUGGAAUUUCUUCCACACUUGGUCAAAGAUUUGCUCUAAUGGUUCUUGUCUGGAUCAUAAGCCUCUUGUUCUCAAAGGAUGGUUCCUCGAUGGGAUCGACUACCCUAUUCGCACUACAAGAAAACAGGGCCGUUUCCGACGGACAAAACCGUCGGAAAUCCGUCGGAAAUAG